CUAAGGCAUCAGCAAUCGCCCAUAUCACAGCACGCACCCUUCAUCACGCGCUGUGGCCCAGCGAGCAUUUCUCGUGCUCUCAACCCACCAAGCCUACACAAGCACUCGUCACCUACGGAACACAUAUCAACCAUGCAUCUCAACCACGGUCUAUCGCCCGCACAAAACCCCGGCAACUCAGCUGGUGAAAGAACCGACGACCAGAAAAUUAACAUGAAUGCAGCUUCUCAUCAUGCAAGACUGCAUCGGUCAACCGGAGAACAAGCUAGCCGUGUCGCCCAAAACAUUGACAAGGGAAAUUCCGGGCCAGUUGAAACCGAGCCCGCCAUCUCCAACAUCGAACAUCAGACACUGCGUCAACAGAUGAAGAUCAAGCGAGAAGGCCAUGGUCAAUUCAUCUCGGAUCCCAUGAAGCACUCUCAGGAGUCCGAAGAGAAUUAUAAUGGAAUCCUGAAAUACUUUCACGGUAAUGGCGAUGGAGAGCGUUACAGCAAAGAGCAUGCCACCAGAUCUAAGACGAUCAAACGCAAGAGAGAUGACACGGAAGAGCAGAGAGAAUCCAUUGCUCGAAGCUUGCCAGUGUCCAUUGUCCGACUCUCACCGGGAAUCGUAAUGCAAGAAAGGGAAGAAGGGCCAAAGAAGACGUACUUCAACACACAAGAGACUGCGGAUGCAGCUCGCAUCCGAAGCCUGGAAGCCGAGAACAACCGUCUCAAAUUAGAGAUAAACAAACUUGAGAGAGAGCUAGAUAAGACACGGACGGAGCUUCUUGAGGAACUUUCCGAGCUGCGAUCGAAGAACUACGUUAGCCCAACCAAGGACGCCGAUUCAGAGAUUGGAAAAGACUGGGAACAUUUGGAUUUCUUGAUUCAACAGUUUGUUAGCAAUCACUUUCCCACUAUGAAUUUGUUGGAGGACAUUCAGGGAGCUGUCACCGUCGAGCAGUACUCGCACAUUAGUAAAGUAUGUGCAAAGGCAGGAUCAGUCCUCCAAAGCGGAUACUUAUACCCAUACCUUGUGGAGAGCAUGGUGUGGCGUUUUGUAAAGAAAGAAGUUUUUGACCCUAUGUCGAAGCAGUGGGCAGGAGAAAUUGGAGAGACAUUCGAUGAUAUCUGCGGACAAGUCAAAGGAUGCGUCAAAAAAUUCCCCGUCAACGAGAAGACAAAAUUCAACACAGCUUUCCAUGAAUGGAGAUCACGAUCUGCGAGCUUCCUUGUCGACUUGGGUUUGGACAGGAAGUCGAGAGAUCAUUCAACUGCCAGGGAAAUGAUGGAAGAGUUACGGCAGUUCAUCUCACCAAAGCCAUCGAGGCUUCGGUUUUCCAAUGAAACUUUGGUAGACGCUGCUGAGAUCAUCAGAAAAGCUGUUGACAUCGACAUUCAGCUCAGAAAGUCAAAAGCUUCCUUCCGUCUCAUUUUCUCUGGUGCCGUACGAUCGAAUCAAUCUCGGUUAUUUGGGUUUUCUUUUAAUGCAGGAAGCAUGGGUAAAAUUUCCCUUGGGCUGAGCAGCGAUCAACUGGACCAAACAAGCCCUCCCAUCGUUGACAUGGCGGUAUCACCAGGCUUGAUGAAGCGCGGCAAUGCUGAUGGCACAAACUACGAAUCCACGAAAAUAUUGGCCAAAAUGCGAGUUAUUUGCGACCUAGAUGCCUUCUUCAAUGAUGUCGAUGAUAAGGAAGACGACAAGCAGCUUGACGAUGGUGACCAGUCUGCCACGCCAGGUCACGCGACAGUUACAUCCCAGAACACCGAAAACAACGAAGGGGAUUCAGACGCUCCAGUGCACACGGCUCCGGAAAAUGCGAAUGAUUCUGAGGGAUCCGAUUCACCGUGCACGGAUAUUCCAUUGGCUCAAAAUGCAGAGCAUGUGAACAAAGAGGAGACAGAGGAGUCUACCGUCAUCGUGGCCGCACAUACUUCCGCCAAAGCUGAGCUUGAAGAGCAGGAAGGUGGCGCGUGUGAUGCCGCAGAGUCGAAGCCCAACUCGCCUGAAACAUCUCCAUUGACCAUGAAGGGGGAGGUUGUCAGUGCGGAAAUAGUCUCUCCUCAUACAGAGAAUGCUGGAGGAAGCUCGGAGGCCAUGGAUCUUGACGGAGGUGCCGACUUUGCCAAUCUACCGCCGGCUCCGGAGGUUGACCACGAAGGAGACCUGCAAAUGGAAUCAGUCUAGGUCAGGCUUCGCACAGAACAGAACACAUCUGACGCCAUUCCUGCUCACCGGCCACUAGAUAAUACGUAUUCAUUAUUUGCGCAAAUGCCUUGCUUUCUCCGAGUCGCCUUGCUAGUUAAUUGUGUCCAAAAAGA